AUGCACGAACUGCUCGUUCUAGAUUAUGAUGGUGGCUGGGAGAAACUAUGCUCUGAAAUUGGUUACACGUGGGCAGAUCGGCAAAAGUUGAUAUUCAUGUGUAACCAGGGUAAAAGCCCCACACAGGAGAUUAUCACCAGAUGGUCUUAUCGGGAAGCUACUAUUUAUGACUUGUGCAGUGUCCUGCAUAAGAUUGACAGACUUGCAGAAUUGGCCAUCAUUGAACAAUUUUUAAAAUCUCAAAACAUGCCAAUUAAGGAGCAGUCAUUCAAUGACUUUUCUAACCAAAACGCCUCAUAUUUUUCAAUGAGAGAUUACUCAACAUCAGCCUGUGAGAGCCUCCAGCGUCUUAACCCAAAUUGUUUACCUCGUCCAAGUGAACAGAAUCUUUUACAGCCAAAAGAUCAUUCUCAUUUGCCAGCACACCCUGAGCAACCUCUUUUCCACAAACCUAUAAACACAGACAGUCACAAUCAGAAUGAUUCGAUUAAUGUGAACAAAGUGACCAACCACAAAGAUGCAGUCCAGGCUCCAAAAAUGGGCUUUAUAGAAGCGCCGACAGCUGCAAAAUCUCUGCCUCAGUCUAAAAACCUCAGCUCCCUGAAUCAUUUUCUUGAGCUUGGCUGCCUCUUCACAUACAAAGAAAUCUCGUGUGCAACCAAUGGAUUUUCUGAAGAUAGAAUUCUUGGCUCGGGUGCUUUUGGAACUGUUUAUUAUGGAAGAUUAAAAGCGACAGAUUACGCCAUCAAAAAAUUGACCAAGUUUUCAUAUCUCCCCUUUUUCUCCCUCUCUCUUCAUAUCUCCCCUUUUUCUCCUCUCUCUCUUCAUAUCUCCCCUUUUUCUCCUCUCUCUCUUCAUAUCUCCCCUUUUUCUCCUCUCUCUCUUCAUAUCUCCCCUUUUUCUCUUCUCUCUCUCUUCAUAUCUCCCCUUUUUCUCUUCUCUCUCUUCAUAUCUCCCCUUUUUCUCUUCUCUCUCUCUUCAUAUCUCCCCUUUUCUUUCUCUCUCUCUUCAUAUCUCUCUCUCUUUUCCCCUUUUCUCUUCUCUCUCUCUCUUCAUAUCUCCCCUUUUUCUCUCUCUCUCUUCAUAUCUCCCUUUUCUCUUCUCUCUCUCUUCAUAUCUCCCUUUUUUCUCUUCUCUCUCUUCUUUAUCUCCUUUUUCUCUCUCUCUCUUCAUAUCUCCCCUUUUUCUCUUCUCUCUCUCUUCAUAUCUCCCCUUUUUCUCUUCUCUCUCUCUUCAUAUCUCCCCUUUUUCUCUUCUCUCUCUCUUCAUAUCUCCCCUUUUUCUCUUCUCUCUCUCUCUUCAUAUCUCCCCUUUUUCUCUUCUCUCUCUCUCUUCAUAUCUCCCUUUUCUCUUCUCUCUCUCUCUCUUAUCUCCCCUUUUCUCUUCUCUCUCUCUUCUUAUCUCCUUUUUUCUCUUCUCUCUCUCUCUUCAUAUCUCCCCUUUUUCUCUUCUCUCUCUCUCUUCAUAUCUCCCCUUUUUCUCUUCUCUCUCUCUCUUCAUAUCUCCCCUUUUUCUCUUCUCUCUCUCUCUUUUAUCUCCUUUUUUCUCUCUCUCUCUUCCAUAUCUCCCCCUUUUUCUCUUCUCUCUCUCUCUUCCAUAUCUCCCCUUUUUUCUCUCUCUCUCUCUUCAUAUCUCCCCUUUUUCUCUUCUCUCUCUCUCUUCAUAUCUCCCCUUUUUCUCUUCUCUCUCUCUCUUCAUAUCUCCCCUUUUUCUCUUCUCUCUCUCUCUUCAUAUCUCCCCUUUUUCUCUUCUCUCUCUCUUCAUAUCUCCCUUUUCUCUCUCUCUCUCUCUCUUCUUAUCUCCCCUUUUUUUCUUCUCUCUCUCUCUCUCUUCCCUUUUCUCCCUCUCUCUCUCUUCAUAUCUCCCCUUUCUCUCUCUUCAUAUCUCCUUUUUUCUCUUCUCUCUUCAUAUCUCCUUUUCUCUUCUCUCUUCAUAUCUCCCCUUUUUCUCUUCUCUCUUCAUAUCUCCCCUUUUUCUCUUCUCUCUUCAUAUCUCCCCUUUUUCUCUUCUCUCUUCAUAUCUCCCCUUUUUCUCUUCUCUCUUCAUAUCUCCCCUUUUUCUCUUCUCUCUCUCUUCAUAUCUCCCCUUUUUCUCUUCUCUCUCUCUUCAUAUCUCCCCUUUUUCUCUUCUCUCUCUCUUCAUAUCUCCCCCAUUGAUUAUUCUGAAGUAAAUAAUGCGAUGACGAAUCUCAAAAAGAAUGCAUUGGAUGAAUUAAUGAUACAAUUAAAGUUUCGACAUCCAAACGUCCUCAACUUGUAUGGUUAUUCCUUGGAUUCUGAUGAAACUUGCUUUGUUUAUGAAUACAUGGCAAAUGGCUCCUUGGAAGAUUGUCUUGGCUGUAUAAAAAAUACACCCCCUCUAACUUGGUGUGAACGUUUAAGGAUUGCUCAAGGAGCGGCUUGUGGUCUACAGUACCUACACACACAGACAGUUUCAAUUAUUCAUGGGGAUGUGAAAAGUGCCAAUAUCCUCAUUGAUAAGCACAAGGAAGCCAAAAUUGGAGAUUUUGGCCUCGCCAUGUUUGCUACAAAAGGAACAGACACCGGAAUUUUAAGCCAUGUAUCUAGCAAUAUGACAGGUAGCUUGUUUGGAACGGUGGCCUACAUGCCUCCAGAAUUUCUGCGAUCCAAUGGAAAACAGUAUUUAGCAGGUGAUGUCUACAGUUUUGGGGUUGUGCUACAUGAAAUUCUGACUGGCCAGAAAGCUUAUGAUGAAAAGAGGGUACCUAAAAAAUUUUUGAUGGAGUACAUUGACCUGAUGUUGGCACCAGCAGAUGAGAACUUCAACAAUGAUGAUGAUGUCAACAUUGAAAGACUCAAAGAAAUUAUCGAUCCCAAGGCCGGAGCUUGUUUUGAGAAUAUCAUCGUUGACCUUUACCAAUUAGCUACCAAAUGUAUACGCUCCAAGAAAAAAGAUCGGCCAUGUAUGUUGUCUGUUUUCGAAGUGCUUGAAAGAAUUAAUAUUCAGCUCAAUGAACUGAUGGAAGAAACCAAGUGUCAUUCGUUGCCUUACCAACUUCAACAGAUGUACGAUGAGAGUAAUCACAGGUCUUCCAGUAGUGUUCCUCCUGAACAGAAUAAAGGAACCGCCAUUGAUGACUGCUACAAUAAACUCUCUAUUGUUGAUGACACUGAAACGGAACAGGACAGCCUCAAACUCUCCUUGCCACGUCUUCUUGUCGAGGUUGGAGGUUUUUCGUCGAUGACAGUUCCACCUGAAAGUUACCAAACAUUUCCUGUUUGCAGCACAAUGGUGUCUGUAAUUAAUUCGGUGGAUACGGCUCAUGAAGACAUGAUUCAUGAUGCCCAAAUGGACUAUUAUGGCAAUAGACUGGCCACAUGUUCAUCAGACAAGUCGGUGAAGAUAUUUGAUAUCAGAAAUGGCAGCCAAACAUUGCAAGCAGAUUUAAAAGCCCAUGAGGGGCCUGUGUGGCAACUGGCCUGGGCACAUCCCAUGUUUGGUUGCCUUUUAGCUUCAUGCAGCUACGACCGAAGAGUUAUCAUUUGGAAAGAGACAAAUGGAACCUGGAUAAAACUUCAUGAAUAUUCCAAUCAUGAUUCUUCAGUGAACUCUGUCUGUUUUGCUCCUCAUGAAUUUGGUUUGAUGUUAGCAUGUGCCAGUUCAGAUGGUUCCAUCUCAAUCAUUUCUAGUACAGGUGAUGGUACAUGGGACGCCAAGAAGAUAACCAAUGCUCAUUCAAGUGGCUGUAAUGCAGUCAGCUGGGCCAAUGCUAUUGCUCCAAGUUCCUUAGUCGAACAGAGUGGACGGCAGUUAGUGAUUAAACGAUUCGUGUCCGGCGGUUGUGAUAAUUUGUCCUUUUUUUUCUUUCUUUCUUUCUUUCUUGUCCUUUUCUUUCUUUCUUUCUUUCUUUCUUUCUUUCUUUCUUGUCCUUUUCUUUCUUUCUUUCUUUCUUGUCCUUUUCUUUCUUUCUUUCUUUCUUGUCCUUUUCUUUCUUUCUUUCUUUCUUUCUUUCUUUCUUGUCCUUUUCUUUCUUUCUUUCUUGUCCUUUUCUUUCUUUCUUUCUUGUCCUUUUCUUUCUUUCUUUCUUGUCCUUUUCUUUCUUUCUUUCUUGUCCUUUUCUUUCUUUCUUUCUUGUCCUUUUUCUUUCUUUCUUUCUUGUCCUUUUCUUUCUUUCUUUCUUGUCCUUUUCUUUCUCGUCCUUUUCUUGUCCUUUUCUUUCUCGUCCUUUUCUUGUCCUUUUCUUUCUCGUCCUUUUCUUGUCCUUUUCUUUCUUUCUCGUCCUUUUCUUGUCCUUUUCUUUCUUUCUCGUCCUUUUCUUGUCCUUUUCUUUCUUUCUCGUCCUUUUCUUGUCCUUUUCUUUUUUCUUUCUUUUUCGCCCUUUUCUUUUCUCGUCCUUUUUUCUUUUUUUUCUUUUUCGUUUUUUUUCGUCCUUUUCUUUCUUUUUCUCGUUCUUUUCUUGUCCUUUUCUUUUCUUUUCGUUUCUUUUUUCCCUUUUUUUCUUUUCUCGUCCUUUUCUUUCUUUCUCGUCCUUUUCUUUCUUUCUCGUCCUUUUCUUUCUUUCUCGUUCUUUUCUCGUCCUUUUCUCGUCCUUUUCUUUCUUUCUCAUUCUUUUCUCGUCCUUUUCUUUCUUUCUCGUUCUUUUCUUUAUUAAUAGAAUCUGAAGAUGGUCAAUGGGUGGCUGAACAUAAGCUGGAAGGUCAUAAUGAUUGGGUCAGAGAUGUUGCAUGGGCCCCCUCCAUUGGACUGCCAAAAAGCAUUAUUGCCAGUUGUUCACAGGAUUGUUCAGUUAUUAUCUGGACCAAUGAUGGCACCAACAACACAUGGACAUCAACAAUUUUGUACCAAUUUAAAGAUGUUGUCUGGCAUGUUAGCUGGUCUGUGACUGGCAAUAUUCUUGCAGUGUCUGGUGGUGACAACAAGGUGACAUUAUGGAAGGAAAAACGGUUGUAUAAUUUCUAUCUAUCUAUCUAUCUAUCUAUCUAUCUAUCUAUCUAUCUAAUUAUGUUCAUUAUCUAUCUAUCUAUCUAUCUAUCUAUCUAUCUAUCUAUCUAUCUAUCUAUCUAUCUAAUUAUGUUCAUUAUCUAUCUAUCUAUCUAUCUAUCUAUCUAUCUAGACAUUUAA